GCAUGUACUGCAGACAGGAUAUGCAAAUUCAAACCUGUUUCUUUACCUAGACAAAAGAGACACAAUGAGUCAGCGCUCGGAGCGACGGGGGAUCCAUGUGGACCAAUCAGAACUGCUGUGUAAGAAAGGCUGCGGUUACUUUGGCAAUGCUGCCUGGCAGGGCCUGUGCUCCAAGUGCUGGAGGGAGGAAUACCAGAGAGCCCGGCAGAGACAGAUCCAGGAGGACUGGGCUCUGGCGGAGAAGCUGCAACGAGAAGAGGAGGCGGCUUAUGUCAGCAGUCACAGUUCCUCUCAGACCCAGCCUCCACAGUCCCACUCUCAGCCCUCUCUCGCCACCUUCUCCAAGUUUGAGGAGAAGAAAACCAAUGAGAAAACCCGCAAGGUCACCACCGUGAAGAAGUUCUUCAGCCCCUCCUCCCGCACGGCACCUAAAAAAGAAAGCGAGAAACGAGAGAAAGAGAAAGAGGAGAAGUUGCAGGGCAGGAGGGAGAGCCAUGGAGAAACCCUCCUGAGGGAUCUGAGGGGCAUUUUUACCCAACCCUGGGAUAUGGGCUCCCCCACUGAAGCUCUGGUAUCGAGGCUGAGAGAGAGCCACGAGGGGAAAACGCCCAGUCCUUCCAUUACCCGUCAGUCCAGCAUCGAGACCGAUCGUGCGUCACAAGACUUCUUGGAGUUCCUCAAGACCUUGCAGAAGCCCGGCAGAGAGAUCCAAAAGCAGAGCCGCGCAUUCAUAGACAGCAUGGGAAAUAAAAAGGAUCUUAGUGCUGAAGAACUGUCCGAGUGUGUGCAGGACUUCUAUCAGGGCAUGUCUGACCGACUCUUGAAUCAUUAUAAAGGCUCCUCUGAGAAGGUGGACAGGGUGAUGGACCAAGUGGAAAAAUACAUCAUGACACGACUCUACAAGAGCGUCUUCUGCCCAGAGACCUCAGAUGAUGAGAAAAAAGACCUGGUCACCCAGCGCAGGAUUCGGGCCUUACAUUGGGUAACCAUCCAGAUGUUGUGUGUUCCUGUGGACGAGGAGAUCCCAGAAGUCUCUGAUAGUGUAGUCAAAGCCAUCACGGAUGUUAUUGAGAUGGAUUCUAAGCGUGUGCCCAGGGAUAAACUGGCUUUCAUCACCAGUUGCAGCAAGCAUAUCUUCAACGCCAUCAGGGUCACCAAGAACGAGCCAGCUUCUGCAGAUGACUUCCUACCCACCCUCAUCUAUAUCGUGUUGAAGGCCAACCCGCCACGGCUGCAGUCCAACAUUCAGUACAUCACACGUUUCUGCAACCCCUCAAGGCUCAUGACAGGAGAGGAUGGAUACUACUUCACUAAUCUGUGCUGUGCCGUUGCCUUCAUAGAGAAGCUGGAUGCCCACUCCUUGAAUCUCAGCCCUGAGGACUUUGAACGCUACAUGUCCGGUCAGGCUUCCCCUCGAAGGCAAGACGAUCCUGCAGCCUGGCUCCAGAGUGGUUCCCGUUUCAAUCCAGCACUUAGCCAGAUCCAUCAAAAUCUCAGCGUCCUAUCCAACCUUGAGAAAAGACAGCAGCAGGUCAUAGAGGGGGCGCAGAGCCUGCAGACCGAACUGGCAGAAUGGCAGGACAGCGUGGCCCGCGAGGUGCAGGAGAUCCUGGAGCGAUACCCACUUGAGAUCAAAUCACGAGCAUCCGCAAUCGAUGCGGAGAACGUGGAGAACGACAGGCUGCCACCCCCCCUUCAGCCGCAAGUGUUUGCGGGUUAGCAUAGCAUAGUUUCCUGUGUGAAUAAGCCAGAGACAUGGUCGUACCAAGACGGGUAAAGCAUGUUUUUAUAUGCAAUGGAUGCUCUCGUCCAAGAUCUCUGCUCCUUUUCUUCCCAUAGUUGGGCUGUUACCAUUCCAUAUGCUUUUUAAAUGCUUACACAGUCACCCGUUACAUCUUUUCUGCAAACAUAUUCUUGUCAGACUACUUUUGUGCUGCUGAUUCAAAAACUAAAUAUGAUUUUCUAACCUGGUUUUAGAAGAUCUGUUAGUAGUGUGAUGUACCUUAAUGCAUGAGCUGUUUUAAAUUACUGAAUCAAAUAGCUGCUAAUACGUCCUUUAAUAUGAUUGCAAAUUUGAUGUGAUCGUAAACCACAUAUCAGCUUUUCUCAUGUAGAUAAUUAAUGUUCACUGUAGGGUUUCAACCUUAUGCCUUAGUGUGAUGUUCUCCUGGAUGAAGGUCUUUUUUUAUUGAUGUAUAAAAUGUUUUGUCGCUCAUACUGUAUACUUAAGAAAUUUAAAGUUGAAUCCCAUGCAAAGAUUUAUGAUUUUAGGAGAAUUUGUGUAUUUUGGUACGUUUCGAAGAUGGUCAUUCUUAAAUGUUUAUUCACAUAAUUGAUGGGAUAUGUUGUGCAGACAUUUCAGCAAUAAACACUAUUUACAUAGGAAUUUGUGUACUUACAAAUGAAAAUAUUGGUAUAAAGCUGUGCAUUUGCUCACCUAAAAUGAAUGUGCAAUUCUGUCAUGGUGGCCACAGGUUGUACACAAAUAACUACUCCUUCUCCAGCCAGGAUAAUGUUUUGAAUUUGAUGUUGUCAGCAUUCCACAUAACCAAUUUAAUCGUGAUCCUGUUGUUACUUUUAAAACUACCCCAGCUGUAACUGUAACAGGUACUUAAUUAGCAAAACACUAUAUUCAUGUGGAAAUAAUUGGUUUCAUUUACAGUAAUGAUGUUGAUUUAUGACUUUGUGAUAUUUUUAACUGAGCUGCUUUAUUUAUGAUGUAAAUAUAACCUGAGGUGUGU